AUGGCUGCUACAUUUGUGGAUCUUCGAGAGAAGUUGAAGUCGCCACAUCGGAAAAAUGUGAAUAACAGGCAAUCGUAUGCGGACGACAACGACAGAGAUUUUAUGUAUAGACACCGCUCAUAUAAAACCACCCACAGUAAGAAACGAAAACCCCGAAACAAUCAAGAUGAGCUGAGACUAGUUCAUUCGGGAAUCAAGCAAAGACGCGACGUGUUCUCGGCAGAAGAGUGUCGUAUUAUUGAGGAGAAAAUUGAUAGUGUGGUGGCUGACGCGGACAGAAGUAUUUUCAAAAAGCAUACAGUGGACAGAGCCCCUUUAAGAAAUAAAUAUUUUUUCGGGGAAGGUUACACAUAUGGCACGCAACUUGACAAGAAAGGACCAGGGCAAGAAAGACUGUACCCUCGCGGGGAAGUUGACGACAUCCCAGGUUGGGUGCAAGAACUUGUUAUAAAAAGAUUGGUUUCCAGUAAGAUGAUUCCAGAUGGUUUUGUAAAUAGUGCCGUGAUCAAUGAUUACAAACCAGGGGGCUGUAUUGUGUCGCAUGUUGAUCCAAUCCAUAUCUUUGAGCGCCCCAUUGCAUCAGUUAGUUUCAUGAGUGAUUGUGCGUUAUGUUUUGGCUGCAAGUUUUCAUUCAAACCCAUCCGUACGUCACGACCACUACUAAGUUUGCCGCUCACACGUGGGUGUGUGACAUUGCUAAGUGGAUAUGCAGCUAAUGAUAUCACACAUUGCAUUAGACCCCAGGAUGUGAAAGCCAGAAGAGCUGUUAUCAUUCUGAGAAAAGUGAGAGAUGAUGCCCCACGUCUUGGUGAUAAAAUAAACAUGCCGCUGCCUUUGACUGGUGCAGUAGAAAAAGAUGGCGAUUCAUUGAAUGAACAAAGAAGACUGAAAUCUGCUAUUUCUGUUCCAAGUGGCAACGAUGAUGCAUCGAGGAAACGAUCACAUGACAGUGAUGAUGAUUGUAGCUCUAGUCAGUCUGAUGAUGACGACCCAUGGAGAAAUAGUUCAAAAAUGUAUUCUGAUAGGGAGUCUAGUUAUUCUCAUCAAAAGAGGUCAGUUAGGGAGCCUAAAAAACUGAAGCAAGACUGAGUAUCUGCCACGCAUCUUUACAGUAUGAUGGUGUGUUGUAUAAAGUGAU